AUGGAAAAGGACUAUGUGUCUUUAUGCUCUAUAUCCAGGUUAAUUCAGUUUAAUCCCAACAAAAAUUUAUCAAAACAUCAAACCGCUGAAAUUUCCAAUGUAUAUCCUUGUACGUAUGCAUGCGGAGCAAAUACAGCAAUUGACGAAGACAAAGAAACGUGCACGGGUACCUACACCAUAGGUGGAAACUCUCCACACAAAACAACAUGGUUGAGAGUGAAUCUUGGAGGAUAUCGCAGCAUUUACAGUAUCAACAUACUGUUUCAAAAUUUUACAGGACACGAGAUGCGACAGAGAGGUCGUUUUGCUGGAUUUUCUCUCUUCUUGUCUAAUACUCCUCACAAAGAGAACAGUCGACUUUGCUACAACAACACGCUUCCAUUACCUCCCCUGGAGUUCAAUACAACGUGUAUUGGAUAUGGUCGUUACGUCAUCUAUUACAAUGAAAGACUGGACGGAGUUACUUAUCCUGAAGGAUACCAGAAUCAAAUCUACACGCAGUUAUGUGAUGUGAAAAUUCAAGGAUGUGCCAGUUCAGACGUGUAUGGAAACCAGUGUAAUAAAAACUGUUCAGAAAAUUGUCAGGAAAAGAAAUGUAACAUUGUAAAUGGAAGUUGUUUGGGAUGUAUUCCUGGAUGGACAGGUGACAUGUGUACAAAAGAGUGUUCAUGGGGAUUGCAUGGACCUGGGUGUAAGAACAAGUGUUCGGAUCAUUGCAAAAGGAACAUUACAUGUAACCACAUGACGGGUCAUUGUGAUGGAGGUUGUACAAGUGGAUGGAUGGGGAAGUUUUGUAAUGAACGGUGUAAAGAUGGAACCUAUGGUCCAGACUGUGUUCAUAAAUGCAGUGAUCACUGUCUGAAUAACACUUAUUGCAACAGAGAAACUGGAUACUGUGAUCAAGGUUGUAGUCCGGGGUAUUCAGGAGAUUUUUGUAAUGAAACAUGUCGCCAUGGAUAUUUUGGGAACAAGUGUCUUGAAGAAUGCCAUGAAACCUGUAAGAGUAAAAAGUGCGUUAAUACAAAUGGAGUCUGUAUAGAUGGGUGUGUAGAUGGUUACUUUGGAAAACAGUGUCACAACGUAUGCAACUUAAAGGAAGAUGGUGUACACAGUGUCAAAAUACGGACAGGCAAUGUGCACGAAAGUGCUAAAAAGGGUCGUCCCACAUACAAAACUAUCCCAGUGAGGAAUUUAAAAAACAUCAUAGUCAAGAUGUCUGCCAUGGAGAAUGCUGGAUUUAAACAUGAGUAUCAUGAAAUACCAAAAGGUGAACUUUCUGCUUGCGAAGAGGCAAAAAAGCCAGAAAAUAAACCGAAAAAUAGAUACACGACUACAUUCCCUUACGACCAUUCCCGAGUUGUUUUGAAAAAAAUAAACGAAGGAGAUUAUAUCAAUGCAAAUUAUAUUGAGAAUAUACAUGGACAACGAACAUACAUCGCAACGCAAGGUCCCAAACCAAAAACAAUCGGUGACUUUUGGAAGAUGGUGUGGCAGGAGGAUAUCUCCGUCAUUGUCUGUUUGACUAAUCUUAAAGAAGGGGGAAAGAACAAAUGUGCCCAAUAUUGGCCGGAAAUUAACGAUAAACUACAAAUAGAGGAUUUCACUGUGAGACACCUGGAAGAGAAAAUAUAUUCCAAUUAUACAAUACGACGGUUCAAAGCUUAUAAUAAUUUUGAACAGAGAAAUCGUGAGGUGGUGAUGUUUCACUACACAAGAUGGCCAGAUCAUGGAGUUCCUGAUUCACUCAGUCUUGUUUUGUUUCAUCGUCACGUGAUGAGAAUAUCAUCAGAAUACCAUGGGAAUUAUACACUUGUACAUUGCAGUGCAGGUAUUGGAAGAACCGGAACUUACAUAGCUUUAGACGCCCUCUAUCGGGAAGGGGAGAAAAAUGGUAAAGUUAAUGUACCGAUGUACGUCAGGACCAUGAGAAAAGACAGAAUGAACAUGAUACAAGGCGAUGACCAGUAUAAAGCAGUAUACCUUGCUUUAUGUGAAACUUUUAAUGGGAAAUCAAGAUGUUUGUCACCCUCCUCGUUUACAAAGGCGUUCGAAGAUAAAAUCUACACCAAUAGUGGACAAGUGACAAGGAAUUCCUCCUUGACUUCAGAAUUUCAGGAGUUACUGUCUCUUCGUAAAGAAUACACAGAGAAAGAUUACGAAUCUGGCCGAACAAAUGUAUCAGCAAACUAUACAGAGAGUGUUCUACCAGUGGAAGAAUUUCUUUGCUAUUUGUCCUAUACUAAGGGAAGGAACACGUACUACAACGCUGUUCUUCUUCAGUCCUUCACUGAAAAUGACAGUCUGAUCAGCGCUCAGUACCCACUUCCUGACUAUACUGAAGACUUUCUCAGACUCAUCAGGGACUUUGAUGCCCGCGUUGUGGUUUUCAUGUGUCCGAUAAAAGAUUUGAAAUCUACCUCUCUCUGGCUUCCAACGAAAUCUGAACAUAAAACCGUUGGAAAUUUUACCAUCAAAUUGGCCUCCUCGACAAAUUCUACAAACUAUGCAUCAAGAAAUAUCGUCUUACAGCCAGAGGGAGGCAGGGCUAUGGGGAUUACAGUACUAGAAAGUAAGACUUGGAAAGAAGGGAAAAUGACAAUAGAUAAAAGAGCUUUGCUGGAUUUAAUCAAAGAAACAAAAUCUGAAAAGAUCAAGCACAAGGAAGGAAGGGUUGUUAUUUUGUCAAGUGAUGGCGCCACACGUUGUGGAGCAUUCUGUGUGGUUUAUAAUGCUCUGGAACAACUCUCUAUGGAUCGAGAAGUAGACAUCUUCACCAUCACAAGGCAACUUCGGAUCCGAAGACCAGAGUUUGUAUCGACUUUGGACGAAUACCAGCUUUGUCAUGACGCUGCUGCUGAAUACAUGCAAAAUGACAGUGUGUAUGCAAACUGCUAA